CUUACAGGCAACUCUGAAGGCACGCACAGGAUGUUUCUGUUUUCCAUAGAUACGUCAGGACCUUGGUCUCGGACAGCGUUCACAGCGAUGGUUUGCAGAAACAAAGUGUUUUGUUGGUUAACAGAUAGCCUACGCAAUUAGUUUUAAAUCCAUAAAGCGUUUCUAUUAAUCGGGAAAGAAUUUCGCUACACGGACCCAAACAAGAAAUACAUUGUUUGCUAGUUAUGAAGCCAGCCGCCUAAGUUUUUAAAACGGUCCGGCAGGUGUCUAUUUUUUGGGGGGGCUAUCGAGGCAAAACUGAGAACGAUCAUAAAACAACAUCCAUCACCUCCAGCCUUGACCAAGCCGGAGGGACGAAGGAUGAAUUCUAAAGUGGACGAAAUGAGAGAACUACCCGAGCUGAAAGAGAAGUUUGUCCCUGAGAAGCGAUCCAAAAUGAAGCUAACGCCCUUACACAAUGACUUAAUCCCUGAUGAACUCCUUACCACCCUCAUUUCUACGGUCAGUCCCCUGGAGAGAUCUCUGGAGGCCCCAAAAAUCACCAAAACGCCUAAAGAUUUCAAGAUCUGUGGGAUGCCCCGCACAGAUGCAGUUUGGCAGCAUCCUCUUGCUCGCAAGAAAUACAAACACCUUCUGGACCAACCAACUUCAGCAACUGGAGCUGGGAGGGACAUCUCCUUCCUGUGUGAUGCCAUGGUUUCUCAGAGGACCAGGAAACCCUUGUCUGAAAUUGCUGUGAGAGGCAGCACCCAGGAUCUUCACAAGGACCCAAGUCUGGAGGAGAGCCUGAUCCCUGCUGAAUAUCACGUUGUGAAAAACAAAGGGGUGAUGGGGCUGAAGUGCUAUGAAGAUAAAUACACAGUCUUACUGGAAGAUGAGGAGAAGAGACUGAGAGUCUUCCCGUCAAUGAAGCCCAGCAGCCGACUGGAAGUCCUGCAGCUGAAGAAGGUGAUGGAUGAGAUGCUGGAUAAGGCAGGAGUCAAUCAGGAGCAUGCAGAGCUGGAGAACCUUUCACAGAUGGAGGGCCUGCUAGAGCUGGUGCGGGUGGAGCAGGACAUUUAUACCACCAUCUUCCACGAGCUUAUCCGUCAGGUCAGCGUGCACUGUGCAGAGAGGGGGCAGCUGCUGGCCAAGCUUAGACAGAGGUACGUGGCCCUGCUGGAGCGCAUCCCCCAGCAGAUGAAGGGGCUCCACACUCAGGCACUGGCACAGAGGGCCCUGGACCGUCGCCGCAUGGAGGAGAUCACCGGCCUGAAGAAGUUCAUCACCCAGCUCAACAAUGAGCUGAGUGAGAUUAAGGGUCACAAUGAACACGUGUCCCAGCAAGCAGAAAGGGCUCAGCAGAAUCUGGCCAAGGCACAGGAGGAAUUACACAGGACCUCAGAUUUGGUGGCGGAGCACCGUGAGCUGUAUGAGAUGCAACGGCGUAGGCUGGAGGGUCAGGUGAUCAGGCUAACCGACGAGAGGGACCUCUGGAGCAAAGUCACCCACAGCCUGGCAGUCAAGGUGAUCAAGGCUAACAAACUCCAGCUGGCCAGCAGACUUGAUGUGAGCAAUCAGGCCUGGAUCAAAACUGCCCAGCGCUUCACCGCCCUGCUGACAACCAAAGACACAGAGGAUAUGAGGCAUAUCGUGAAGCUGACAGACCAGUGGAAGGAUGAGGUGACCGCCUUCACACAGAGGCUGAACGACACAGAGGAGAGACAGUGCGAGGAGAUCAGGAGAGUCCAGGCUGGCAUCACCCAAUGGCAGGCCUUCUGUGAGGCCAAUAUCAACAGACCAGAUGUAAAUUUGGAAGAAUCACAGGACAAGUUAUUUUUUGACUUGAAACAGUGGUCAUUGUUGUUGACUGCACAGUGCGAGCGCUAUGGGGGAGAGGACUUGCUUUCCUGCCAGGAGACCCUCAACCACUUGUCACAGCUGCAGGACGACUGGGUGGGCGUGAGCCUGCAGCUCUUUAGGAGACACCCUGGACCCGACGGGGAGCCCUUCAAAGGCCAGGAGACUGUGUGGGAGCUGGAGAGGGCUGUGUCCGAGCUCCACAAGCAACUGGGGACCCGCAUUACUGGAGAGAGCGGUGUACACAAAUUACUGAUAUCUCUAAUCGGGGCAAUGGAGCGCUGGACCUUCAAACUUAUGACUGUGAAAGACCAGACUGAAACGCUUCCACAAUCUGAUUGGUUGAACUUGGAAAAGGACCUUGGCAGCUGGACAAAGCUAACUGAAGAAGCCAUGCUCCAAGUAUCUAGUCCAUGGGCAGACAGUGAGAGGGUCAAGAAGACAGUGCACAUCAGGAUUGAGAUAAACAGUGUUUUUGCCAUGCUACGGGAGUUCGUCUCAAUGCAAGACAUUUUCUUUGACUGCGAGAACCAAAGGCUCUCUGAUGAGGCAAGUUCCGUCCACUCUGCCUUGACUCGCUGGAUGGUGGACCUGCUUCUGCUAAUGGUUCCUGAUUUUAGUGAUGACCAGGAACCUCCCCUGCAUUCAGACCCUGUCCCCCAUGCUCUUGUGACGGUCUCUUUUCAAGAGCUGGAAGAAGAUGGCAAACGCCUUACACAAAAACUGGAUCUUUUCUCCAAGUACCUAACAAGUUCCUGCCUGCCCAUUGUUGAGGAUGACCUUCAGAAACAACUAGCUGGGGAUGAGUCUGAGAACGAGCUGGCUGAGCUCAGCAAGCUUCAGCGGGAGUGUGAAGUAUGGACAGAGGCCUGUCGUUGCCUGCUGUUGGAUAUUAAAGGAGCUCCAGUUGAUGCACAAGAGACUGUGGUCUCCCAGUCCAUCAUGGAUAUCCUUCCCUCAGAGAAGACCAGUGAGGACUCUAUGAGGGACGAAGACACGGAACCACCGUCGGAUACAGAGGAGGUGGAGGAAGAGGCUGUCAGUGAGGGAGAGGAAGAGAACUCAGAGCCCAUGGGGAAGUUCACAGAGAGAUCUUAUUCCAGGAAGUCAAUAGGUCAUGACAGCAGUACAGCUGAGACCACCCCAGGACCAGAAAGCACUCUGCCAGUUAGGACCAGUCAGGACGUGGCACGAUCCCCGACUCCUGACACUGAGAGGGACCUUGAUGCCCUGGCCACAGUACAGACUCUUCAGCUGCAGUUGCUCGGUGCGGAGAGCCGAGCGCAGAGUGCGGAGGAGCACGCCCAGAGGACGGAGAAAGCGCUGCAGGCGGCCCUGGAGAAGGUUUGGGACCUGGAGCUGCAGCUGAAGGCCAGAGCCGUGGAGCUGAGGGAGAACAAAAAAACAGAGCUUGUGACUUCCCAGAGGGCUGUGACUGCUGACCCGAGAACAGUGAGUCAGAAACCAGACCCCAGCCCCAAGCAGCGCCGUGCACCCAAGAAGCACUGACCCCAGAACAGCCUAUUCCAAAACCCACCAGAAAAUGCAUAGUGGGAUUAAACUGUACUGAAAAAAUCUAUUGGACAACAAAACCCCCAGUGUUGAAUAUGUGCAGAAUUCAGUCUUGAAAAAAAGGAUGUUGUACUGGACAUAACUAAACGUAUGGGAUUUUCAUUUUGGCGAAAUGUUUAUCUGUUACGUAUCAGGUCACUGCCUUGAAAAAGAGGAAACCGGGACUGUUGGAAGUGAAUAUAUGAAAUUGUUAUGGUGUCUAUGAAUACAAAAUAAUGUAUUGCAUGCUGUUUUGUGUAGAUUUUAUUAAUAAAAACAAAAUGGAAUAUACACAA